AUGCGGAUCGUGCGCCCGGUGCUCCACGUGUCGCGCUUCUCGCGGCAAUGCCGGAGGCGUGGUACAUGGACGACAAGACCGACGACCAGCGCCUGCCUCCGCUUGCACUCUAGCAUUCGCGAUUUCUCUGUUUCCAUUCCUCUUCUUCCGCGUCUCUUCCGCCGUCCCCCUCCAUCCCCCUUCCAUUCCCCCUCCAUCCCCCCGCCAGGCGUGGUACAUGGACGACAAGACCGACGACCAGCGCCUGCCUCCUCUUGCAUUUUGUCAUUCGCGGUUUCUCUGUUUUCAUUCCUCUUCUUCCGUGUCUCUUCCUCGUCGUCCAUCCCCCGCCAGGCGUGGUACAUGGACGACAAGACCGACGACCAGCGCCUGCCUCAUCGCCUCGACCCCAACCAGCCCUGCUCCCUCGAAACGCUCUCCGGUGCGCCUCCCUCCCUCCCUACCUCCCUCCCUCCCUCCCUAACUCCCUCCCUCCCUCCCUCCCUCCCUCCCUCCCUCCCUCCCUCCCUCCCUCCCUCCCUCCCUCCCUCCCUCCCUCCCUCCCUCCCUCCCUCCCUCCCUCCUUCUCCCUCCCCGCCCUCGCUUUCUGAGGCACCUAAUGCAGAGCUGGGCAUCCUGUACUGGAAGCUGGACGCGGACAUCUGGAAGAGCGACCCCCUCUGCCGCGCCUCUCACUCUUCUCUCACCCCUCUCCCGUGUCCCGCCUGUCUCAUGUGUCCCGUAGCUGGGCAUCCUGCACUGGAAGCUGGACGCGGACAUCUGGAAGAGCGACCCCCUCUGCCGCGCCUCUCACUCUUCUCUCACCCCUCUCCCGUGUCCCGCCUGUCUCAUGUGUCCCGUGUGUGUCCCUUGGCAGAGCUGGGCAUCCUGCACUGGAAGCUGGACGCGGACAUCUGGAAGAGCGACCCCCUCUGCCGCGCCUCUCACUCUUCUCUCACCCCUCUCCCGUGUCCCGCCUGUCUCAUGUGUCCCGUAGCUGGGCAUCCUGCACUGGAAGCUGGACGCGGACAUCUGGAAGAGCGACCCCCUCUGCCGCGCCUCUCACUCUUCUCUCACCCCUCUCCCGUGUCCCGCCUGUCUCAUGUGUCCCGUGUGUGUCCCUUGGCAGAGCUGGGCAUCCUGCACUGGAAGCUGGACGCGGACAUCUGGAAGAGCGACCCCCUCUGCCGCGCCUCUCACUCUUCUCUCACCCCUCUCCCGUGUCCCGCCUGUCUCAUGUGUCCCGUAGCUGGGCAUCCUGCACUGGAAGCUGGACGCGGACAUCUGGAAGAGCGACCCCCUCUGCCGCGCCUCUCACUCUUCUCUCACCCCUCUCCCGUGUCCCGCCUGUCUCAUGUGUCCCGUGUGUGUCCCUUGGCAGAGCUGGGCAUCCUGCACUGGAAGCUGGACGCGGACAUCUGGAAGAGCGACCCCCUCUGCCGCGCCUCUCACUCUUCUCUCACCCCUCUCCCGUGUCCCGCCUGUCUCAUGUGUCCCGUAGCUGGGCAUCCUGCACUGGAAGCUGGACGCGGACAUCUGGAAGAGCGACCCCCUCUGCCGCGCCUCUCAACCCCCCACGUCUCACCUGCCCUUCCACGUGUGUCCCUCGUCUUGCGUGCAGAGCUGGGCAUUCUGUACUGGAAGCUGGACGCGGACAUCUGGGAUUCCGACCCCCAGCUGAAGCAGAUCCGCAAGGAGCGCAACUACUCGUACGAGGAGGUGGUGAACAUCCACCCGGACACACUGCCCAACUACGAGCAGAAGCUCAAGUCGUUCUACGAGGAGCACAUUCACACCGAUGAGGAGAUUCGCUACAUCCUUGAUGGCAGUGGCUACUUUGAUGUGAGGGACUUUGAGGACCGUUGGAUCCGCAUCCACACGAAGAAGGGCGACCUCAUCGUGCUGCCAGCUGGCAUCUACCACCGCUUCACCCUCGACUCCACCAACUACGUCAAGGUGCACACACAGGGAAGGGAAGCAGGGGGUUCCAGUGUGUUGCUUUUGAGACGUCUAGGAAAAAUGAUCUACCACCGCUUCACCCUCGACUCCACCAACUACGUCAAUGUGCGUUCUGAGACGUCUUAA